AGCAACAACUUUGGGCUCUGCUAAAUCUCCUUGUAAGGAAGCAACCAAGACUGUGACAGCUACAAAAAUAGGUUGCAAAUUCGCAGCAGAGACAGACAGUGAGAGCCGCGUGCAAGCUAACUGUGAACUCCUUGCAACUUCAAAAUCACAAACAAUACACCAGCAAUCCACACCUCAGCAUCCUGCCUGUCCUGCAGCCCCCAUAAAACCUCAUGAACCCAAUGCCUUGGGUUCACUCUCAUGUCAACCUCCAAGACCUUUUCACACACAUCCACUGCAUCCAGCAAUUAAAUUAUUAAUCGAGGUCACUGGAAACAAAAGGACAGAUAUAGACUCAAAGGCAAACCCAUUUCUACUUUCUUCUUCAAUGCCUUCAGACCAGAUCCAGAACACGCAACUACACCAAGAAUUAGAGACUGCAUCACAGACGAGCAUUGUUUUACCUGUUAGUGGGCCUGUCUCAAAUGGCGGCUAUGCCCUCACACACUACCACCCUCCCUCUUUGGUUCUGCUGUCACGCAGUUCCCCCGAGAGCAACAGGAGUCAGGACCUUCAGAAGAGGCUGCAGAGAGUAGAAACCAAUCUGCAGGCCAACCAGGAGCGAGUCACGACCCUACUCAACAUCAUCCAAGACCUGGAGAUGAGCCACGCACUCAGCAAAGGACGCCGAUGUUUCAGAACCGGCCAGGAUUUAAGCGAUUGCUCCACCUGCCAGGAGACGGCAUGCAUCAUUUACAGUGUGGAGUAUGACUUCCGGCAGCAGGAGCGACGAUUCAGGGACGUCUUAGAGCCUCUGGAUUCCCCAGUGAGAAAGAUCUGGGAGGGGGUUAACAUGGACUUGCUCUCCUUUUUCACCUUACUAAAACAGAACAAUGCACCAUCUCAGACCAGCAGUCACAUGGAGCCAGGAAGCAAGAGUAAAGUCAAGAAAAAGAAACUCUGCAGGAAGAUUUUCAGCUGGUUACCUCGAAAGGUCCAAAGGAAGUAGAUCAGUCUUGACAUGGUCCUUUGUCUUUAUUUUUAAAGUUGAAUAAACAGACUCCAUCUGCUAUGAGAAGGAUUAAUAGCAGCAUCAUAAUCCGUCCACUUGAAUGAGUCUGGUAGAUCCAGAAAAACGGACGGACCAUGAGAUUUCCGAACAGGAACUGCUGAAGUAAACUUCCAUGCUAAAUCGUUUAACUGCAUACCCUCUCAUCCUGUUCUCUAACUUCCUUCAUCAAGUAGUGACAUCAUGUAGGGAACAUGGCACUUCUAAAGACCAUUCAUGCUCGUUUAUUAACUUAAGAAGUAGAUGAAUAUUAAUAUAACAGUUUCUUUAGGAUUGGUUUUGGGGUG